UAACAAGAGAGGAAUUCCUGUAGUGUGUGGAGUCUUGCUGAGGAGAGGAGCUGGUGAUGAGUGGCUGUCUGAACGGUUAUAGUAAAUCUCAGGCUCGCGAAUCAUUGGAAGAGUAACGGAUGGACGUUUUUCAACAGCUGGGGCCACUUUUAUGCCUCUUAUGCCCAGGAUGGAGUGUAUUUUAUGAAGCCAAGGUGUUCGAGUUUUAGCUGCAACAUUCGAGUGGGAUGUAACUGCAUGCCAGCUUUUUAUUGCCAGUCAGAAGGGAGGAAAGGUUGUGAAGACGAUAGGAUGAGCAAAUUAGUUAAAUCUAGAAAAGUAACAAGCUCAGCGAGGGUGAAUAACGGCUCAAGUGUUUAUUACAUAGAUUGCAGAUAUGAUUUGAAUAAAAAGAGACUUCCUUGUAGGAAUAAUUUUUGACAUUGCUUUUACAGAAUAUUGGUUAAACAUGUGAGGAAAAAUAUGACAUCAAGAGGAUAAGAUUGAUAGUUAUACACUACUCUAUAAAGGCAGAGAAAACAGGAAAGAAGGAGUAGCGCUAUAUAUUAGGAGCACAUUGCAAUUUAGUAUUAACAGUAAAAAAAAAAAAAAAAAAGUUAAAAAAAAUCGAUAUGGGUAAGGAAGGAUCACAAUGAGUGUUGCUGGCAUUAGUUCAUAGGCCACCGAAUACUACAAGGGAAAUUAACUCCUCGCUUUGGCAAGAAAUGAAUAAAGGAAGCAGCUUCAGUCAGGCACGUGUGAUAGGUGAUUCUUACUGUAGGAAUGUCAACUGUGACGUGAUAGUGAGUAAACGCGAAGCAGAGGAAUUUCUUUGGGUAAUUCAGAUGUAGCUCUGGACCGCCAUCUGUUAUUGGCACACGAGGUUAUACAACAAAGAUGCCUUCUUUACGCAAAGUGCGAAAUAACAUAAGAAAAUGUGCACAUGAAUAUCCACGGACUUCAGUCACCUCAUCAGCGCCAUAACCAUUACCAUUACCAUCCCUAACAUGAUUAUAAAUACCAACAGCCUUUCAUCACCACCAUCUACAAGAACCACCCCAGACACACACGUCCGGACGAGGCUGUAGUGGUCAGAUAUAUUUAGCGUUGACUUGGAUGUCUUGAUGUCUAGCGGGCAGUCGGGAGCGAGACGUUAGCUGGCGCGCACACUCCACUAGGCAGUCUCAAGGCGAAGCAUUUCAUGAUAAGUAAAGUUGAAUCAUAAAGACUUAACACCAAUCGGGAGAUUCCCCAAGCAAAGUGAGCCAAGAAGAGUCGUUACCUGGCAGUGACCAAGCGCCGCCGUCAUGGUUGUGAGCUACACCAAAAAAGUCGCAAACCUUAAAGGCUUUGGAACAUUCAUUCGACUUCUGUUCAGAUGGCGAGGCAGCGUGUACAAGAUGGUGUGGCCAGACAUGCUGAUGUACAUUUUGCUGUAUUACAUCAUAUCAUUUGUGUAUCGGUUUGCACUCACGGAAGAUGAGAAGAGGGUGUUUGAAAAAAUAUCAAUUCACGUGAGUCACUUUAGGAACUUGAUUCCAAUAUCUUUCGUCCUUGGCUUCUACGUGAGCGUGAUCGUGACACGCUGGUGGGGAAUGUACGUGUCCAUGCCCUGGCCGGACACGCUCUCCAUCCUGCUGUCCAACCACGUACAUGGUCAGGGAAAAAGUGCCAGGCUGGCACGCAUCACCGUGGCUCGCUACGUCAACAUGGGCAUAGUGCUCACCUUCACCAUGGUGUCGCCCUCCGUCAAAAAAAAAUUCCCGGGUUACCAGGAGCUGCUGGAUGCAGGAUAUCUCACCAAAGACGAGAAGUCUGUCCUGGAGCGUCUAGACCGCAGGAGUAAACAACACAAGACCUAUCUACCGUUUCUUUGGGCGUGCCGCAUAGUAGACCAGGCCAAAAGGGAGGGUAUGAUCACCGACCCUAUUGCACAGAAGACACUUACGGACGAAAUCAUGCGCCUGCGAGGAUGUUGCGGGGAGUUGCUUGGCUGGGACGAUUACAACAUACCGCUCGUAUACACACAGGUCGUCACAAUUGCGGUGUACUCCUUCUUCCUCUUCUCGAUUCUGGGAGAGCAGUUUCUUGACCCUGCGCAGAAUUAUCCAAACAAUAUCAUCGACCUAUAUGUGCCUGUGUUUUCUCUCUUGCAAUUUUUCUUCUACAUUGGCUGGCUGAAAGUGGCCGAGUCUCUCAUCAAUCCUUUCGGAGACGACGACCAUGACUUCGAAUUUGUUUCCCUGGUCACCCGACACCUGGAGAUGACCUACCUUCUGGCUGACAUUGAAGAGAGAGAGAUUCCUGCCCUCGUUAAAGACACGUUUUGGGACUCCUCCUCCGGCGAAGAGCUAAUAAUGCCGGCUGCUCAGGCCGCCUUUCUACUGGCUAAUCAAUUCUCUUUCAGCGAUGACGCAAGCAUUAACGCUGCCACUCCAAGUGUAUAAUAUGCUUUAAGUUACACUUUAAUCUGAGGUAACUUUUCAUGUCAGCAAUACAGUGGAUUUUAAUUGUACAAUACAUAGGAUUGUGUGGAAUGCAUCACUGACUUUCGUCAUCUCAUUAUCAAUUGUUGGUCACAUUUUUUUCUUUUCUUGAAAUUAUGGAUAUGCAGUGCGAUGACUUAAGUCUUACGUAUUAUUUGUAAACUUUUAAACAAUUAUUACUAGCUGUAGAGGUAAGAUGUUUGAGUUUGAAUUUCUACGAAGUCUUUACAUUCUUAUGGCAAUCAGUUGAAUGAUGUACAAUACAACUCUCCAAAACAUAUAAACUCAGGAAGAAAACUACUUCUUUACAAAUGUAAUAAAUUGAUAUUAUGUAAUGUAAUUUGUCAAUGAAAAAAUGUAGUGUA